CGAAAUUAAUUAUUGUUUAUUUUUGUUUAUUGUGCGGUAGAUACCCCACACUAAAAUGUCUCAGGAAGAGACUGUUCAGACCCCAGUUGAGGGCCAGAGUGUUGAGCAGCUCCCUGACCCUCGUACCAGGGCUCAGGUUGAGCAGAGACGACAACUGUUGUCCGGACGGCUCAACCUUCUGGCCACUGAACUGCACGAUGCCGGUGCAGAGGCUGAGUCACAUGUGAGGGCCCAGUUUGAUCUGCGGAAAGCCCAGGCAGACCUGGAUGCAGCUCAGACUGGCACCGACCUAUUGAAGAUACAUGAGUUCAUUAUCCAGUGCAGUAAAGCACUGGAUGCGCACAUCUGUCAGCAGUUCGAAGACAUAGCAAAUGGCAGAAACGCCAAAAAUGAUGUGGUGGUCACGGAACAGACGACUGAUGAGAACAUCCGCCAAUUGGAAGAAGCUCUUGAAAAAGAGAAAACGCGCAAGGCGAAAAUGCUAAAGAAGAAAGAACAAGAUGAACAGCAAGCAAAACGAGAACAAGUCAGACAGCAUGUGGUAACUGUGUCAGGGGAAGAACAGGUUGUGGCACUGAACCAACUGGUUGAGUACCUUGCUCACUUGGAGACAAGGCUCGACCAUUUUGAAGCAAAGUUGGAAGAAUUGACCGUAGGAUUGAAGAAUGUGACUAACUUGGUCAAAGGAAAGGAAAAAGAGGUUCGAAAGGAACAACGUGUGAAGAAACUAAUGGGUGAUGCUAUGAAAGAUCUCAAGGUCGAAGUAAAGAAGGGGGAACCAUCUGGGCUUCCUCCACCGACGCCACCAUCAAGUCCACCAUCCAGUCCUCACCCAUCAGGAGGAAAGAAAGAUAAAGAAGAGAAAACUGAGAAGCCAAAGAAGAAGGAAAAGGUAAAGAUGAAAUUGCCUUUCACAUUCAGGAAUAAGAAGGAUGAAAACUUAUUACUGUGGAUUGCAGAAAUACUGCAAGUACCAGGCUUAAAUCUGCAGGAUGAUCAGGUCUUGUAUAUUUAUGCCCGGGCCUUACCUGAACCUAUAAGAGGACAGUUAGUGGUCGAGUCAAAGUCAGGUGCAGGUGCGAGAUACGGUAAGCGGGUCCUUUGGCACCAAAAGCGUCAGGACCACAUGCUUGUCGUCUUUGACAACGACACAGUGGAGAAGUUACCGCUAGAAGAAGAAGGAGUUCCUAACAGCAGACAUUUUGGGUUCAAGAAAACUUAUGCAGAAGUAAGAGAACGCUUCGAUUGGAAAGGGCUAAAGGAAGAUGUACUAACUUAUGUGCGCACUUGUCUGGUAUGUCAGAGAAACAAACCACCACAUGAGAACCCUCUGGGUCUACUAAGGCCCUUACCGAUUCCCAGCGAACCAGGUGAGUCUAUCUCCAUAGACUUCAUGAGUUUCGUCAAGAGUCGAAAUGGCAAUAGUCAAGUGAUGGUUGUAGUCGAUCGUUUCUCGAAGUAUGCAAUGUUUAUUCCUUUGCCUGCUGAAGCGAAAACUGAGCUUGUGAUCCAGAAGUUUCAGAUGCGAUGGGUAACUGAGUAUGGAUUCCCAUUGUCCAUUGUAUCUGACAGGGAUGUGAGGUUCACAAGUAUGUCAUGGCAAAAGCUGAUGGAGGCAUACGGCACUCGUUUGACCAUGUCGUCAGGACGCCAUCCUGAAACGAAUGGGCAAAGCGAGCAAAUGAACCGCUUGUGCCAACAGCUCUUGCGCAUGUAAGCCCGAUUAGAUUGAUUGGGACGAGAACUUACCAAAAAUAGUUAGUGCAUACAACAG